GUUGCUGGCGGUGAUGGUGAGGGGGUGGACGGUGGUGGCGAUGGCGGUUCUGUGGUUGGGUGGCGUUUGGACGGGGUUUUGUGUGGUGGUGGUGGUGGUGGUGGUGAUGGUGUUUGUGUGGUGGAGGUUGCUGGCGGUGAUGGUGAGGGGGUGGACGGUGGUGGCGAUGGCGGUUCUGUGGUUGGGUGGCGUUUGGACGGGGUUUUGUGUGGUGGUGGUGGUGGUGGUGGUGAUGGUGUUUGUGUGGUGGAGGUUGUUUUUGUUGGUUGUGUAGGGAGGGAUGUUAGCGGCGAUGGUGGAUUUGACAGUGGUUUUGUUGGUGGUGCAGUGCGGGUGGUGGCGAUUGCAGUGGAGAUUGUAGUGGUGGCGGCGGCAGCAGUUUUUACACUUGAAGAUAAGGACCAAGCUACACGCGAGAUCCACUCGUCCCAUGUGAGGGUGUGGUCGUCCCCGUGGUCAUCGUUGUGUUUAUGCUGGUGUUUGCUGCUGCUUAUAGGAGGAGCAGAUAGACAACUGACGCAUCCCAAUGAAGUGAAUGCAUUGCGAAACAUCCAAAGAAGUUUGACAGACCCAAAUCGGAAUCUUCACAAUUGGAACAGGGGGGAUCCAUGUAAUUCAAAAUGGACAGGGGUUUAUUGCCAUAACAGGACAAUGGAUGAUGGUUAUCUUCAUGUCAAAGAAUUGUUCCUACUAAAUAGGAAUCUAUCAGGAAGCUUAUCUCCACAACUUGGACAGUUAUCUUAUUUGGAGAUACUGGACUUUAUGUGGAACAAAAUUACUGGGAGUAUACCUAAGGUGAUAGGCAACAUUACAACGUUAAAAUUGUUGCUUCUGAAUGGAAAUCAAUUGACAGGUUCCUUGCCCGAUGAGAUUGGUUUUCUUCCAAUCUUGGACAGGAUACAAAUUGACGAGAACAAAAUAUCUGUAUCUAUACCCACAUCAUUUGCUAACCUGAGCAAUGCAAAGCACUUCCACAUGAACAAUAAUUCACUUAGUGGGCAAAUACCACCACAGUUGUCCAGACUUCCAGAGCUUGUUUGCUUGAUACUUGACAAUAACAACUUAUUGGGAUCUCUUCCGCCAGAGCUUUCUGAAAUGCCAAAAUUGCAGAUACUACUUCACUGGAAUCAUAAUAGAACCUAUCGGAGCCAUGACUUUGUGUCUGUCCAGCGGAUGUUGAUCUAUGAGUUCAUGUCUAAUGGUACCUUGAGAGAUCACCUACCUGGAAAGACCAAAUUGCCUUUGAGUUUCACUAUGAGAGUAAAAAUUGCACUGGAUUCAGCCAAAGGCAUUCUUUACCUACAUACGGAAGCAAAUCCUCCAAUAUUUCAUCGGGAUAUCAAGUCAACCAACAUAUUACUGGACCGUAAGUUUAUCGCAAAGGUUGCUGAUUUUGGACUGUCACGGUUAGCUCCAGUUCCUGAGCUUGAAGGAGGCAUCCCUUCUUAUGUAUCAACGGUUGUAAAGGGGACUCCGGGAUAUCUUGAUCCAGAGUAUUUUUUAACGUACAAGUUGACGGACAAAAGUGAUGUUUACAGCCUUGGUGUUGUCUUUCUCGAACUGUUGACAGGGAUGCACCCAAUUUCACAUGGGAAAAAUAUUGUUCGGGAGGUCAACAUUGCAUAUCGUUCGAGUAUGAUAUUUUCUGUCAUCGAUGAAAGAAUGGGAUCUUAUCCCUUUGAAUGCGUGGAGAAAUUCAUAAAACUAGCUCUUAAGUGCUGUCAAGACGAGACAGAUUCUCGACCUUCAGUGGCAGAAGUGGUUAGAGAACUCGAGAACAUAUGGCUCAUGAUACCUGAUUCGGACACCAAGAUAUUCGAAUCUAUAGACAUUGAUCCCGAAAAGGAUAUCACUCCACCAUCUUCAUCGAAUAAACUAAUGCAUUCACACGUUUCACAAGAUAUCUCAAGCAGUGAUCUUGUCAGUGGAGUUAUUCCCACCAUUACACCAAGGUGAUAAUACAAAUACAGUUCACAUUUUUUGUCUAUAAACUAUACCUUUUCCAUUAGAGGUAAAUCGACAUAAUUCUAUAUAGUCAUUCUGUUUCGUUUGUAUUGUGAGCUGUUUAGUGUUUUUUAGUAAUACCUAUGUACAUACAUGAUAGCUUUUAUUUAAAUCCUAGUUAUUUUCUUGGC